AUGGUUGGUAUUACUCGCGCUCGCGGCUGCGAGACCUGCAGAAAGCGCAAAAUCAGGUGCGGCCUUGAGCAGCCAUCCUGUGCCCAAUGCAUCAAGUCGAAGCGGGUAUGCGCAGGUUAUCGUCGGUAUCCCAUCUUCAUUCAGCAUACGGUCACGGACGGAACGAAAGCAGAGUCAGCUGUCCGCCAUGAAACCGCUAAUCUGUCAUCUCGAACAGGCGCAACAGCUCAACAACAGCAGGCAGAGACAUCGAAGCCCAUAGAGACACCGACAGUCAACACUGAUAGUCUCUUACCGUUGCUGAGCCUGUCUUUCCUGGUCGGUCAUAUCAAUCCCCACCCAGCAUUACGACAGCAGCUCCUCGAGGAGUAUCUCUCUCUGUAUUGUCCAAAAGCCCACCUUGGCCCAAUGCAGCGAAGGCUGUGGUUGUUUCAGCUGCCGAUCAUGCCACACAUGAACCUUGCCUUGGAGGUGUCUAUGAUGGCGCUGUGUGUGGCUAAACUGAGCGACGUUUACCAUGACCCGACGUUAAGAUAUGAAAGCCUCAGGCUAUAUCAUCGAGGCAUCCAUCAGCUCCAGAAGGCACUCUGGGACCCCAAGCUCAUGUAUCACGAGCAGACACUGGCUGCAUGUAUUGCAUUGGCUACCUACGAGAUGAGCCAGUGCCCGAACGAAUCAAAGCAAGGGUAUGUUAGCCAUACAUCCGGUUGUGAAAAGUUGAUCCAGCUCCGUGGGCCGGAUGCGCACACUGAUGGUCUAGCACAUCAGGUCUUUGUACAGUUUCGAAUACAAGGGAUCCUGUAUGCUCUAGACACCCAACAAUCCACGUUCCUGUCGGAUUCUGUGUGGCAGAAGGUGCCGUGGCGGAAAAAUCCCAAGACCGUCUUCGAUCAGGUCUACGACUUUGUCAUUAUUGCUCCGGAGCUCCAUAGGCAGGGUGCGAUGCUCAAAUACAUGGAUCCCGGCGACCAAUUGCGGCUCGCGACAGAGAUGAUUGCGAAGUGUUGGAAGAUGGAUGGAGAUCUUGCCUCAUUCUAUGACCGACUUGUUAAAAGCCAUACGGGGCCGCUAUAUUGGCCCCAACUGGCCUGUGGCUAUAUCCUUGAUGAAGAUAAAGACGAUGAAUUGAUAUUCCCGGUCGCCUUCCACUUUGCGAACCUAUCCGUCGCCAGCACGGUGCUUGUGUUCUGGGCUUGCCAGGCAAUGUUGUGGCAAGGGAUGAUUCAGCUCUAUCGCCUCAUGGAUGAGUUGCGCGAUACACUCCGCAACAGCAGUAACAACGAUGCAUAUGGAAAGAAUGCCGAACUGAUGUCCGAGCCGCAAGCGGACACCAAAUGUUUCGAUCUUCCAGCUCUUGAACAUCGGGCAGACUUUGCAGCUCCUGCUCGUAACAUCUUUCAGUCGGUGGAGUACUGUCUCAUGGAUGAAAUGAAGGACCAUGGUCCAAAAACGAUCGCUGCGUCACUUCGAAUUGCAAUGGAGAUACUACGACCUCACGCUCCUUACCGGCGGGAGAUGCUGUGGGCGGAGGAGGCGAUGGCGAAAAUCCAAGCCCGGUCUCUACGUCUGCUUGUCUAUUACACUGGGGGGUGA